UGAAUAAAGUAGAUAGAGAGCUUGAGGAAAGACGAGCGAGAAGCGAGGAUAGAAGAAAGUAAUAGUGAGGCUAAAGGGAGAUUUAAUACAAGAAAAAAGUAUCUGUAUAAAGAAGAGAAAGUCAUAAAUUUUUAUUCAAAAAAUCCAUUAUACCAGGAUUGAUCAAUAAUAUGAAUAUUAUUAUUUUGAUAUCAUGUUGUAAAAGUGUUCUCUCUUGAUAAAGCCCAAGUGAUAUUAUACAAAGUGGACUGUAGGAGUUUGGAAUUAAUGACAUAUUACAACCUAAGUGAGGAGAGAGCGAAAAAAAUCAAGUGGAAUCAUAAAUUACAAGUCACAUUUCUCACACACAUAAUUAACUACAGCUGAAGAGAAUACUACUACGAGCAGGAGAAGGACGGUCAAAUUGAAAAAUCCAACAUGAAGCGUGACGCAGGUUCGGACGGCGAAGGGCCCAACAAAAAGAUCCGUAAGAAUGAUGAAGUGAUUCGCUUGUUGAUCCCAAGUAAGAUCGCAGGCGCAAUCAUUGGCAAAGGUGGUCAAAACAUCCAAAAGCUACGGGCUCAGUAUAAAGCCACUGUGUCUGUCGACGAUUGCCAGGGUCCCGAACGUACGGUUCUCAUUUCAUCUGACAUGGAGUCUGUGUGUAACAUUUUGUCGGAAAUGCUGAAAAAUUUCGAAGAGAAAGAGGAAGGUGAAAUUGAUCUUCGCUUGCUCAUCCAUCAAAGUCUCGCCGGAUGUGUGAUUGGCAAGGCCGGGAGUAAGAUCAAGGAGUUGCGAGACAAAAUUGGAUCUCGCAUCAAAAUCUUCUCGAAUCUUGCACCACAGAGCACAGAUAGGAUUGUGCAGAUUCUCGGAAAGCCAGAUCACUGUAUUGAUUCCAUUAAAGAGAUUGUGAAUCUUGUUAAAUCGACACCAAUCCGUGGGCCAGUGCACAACUACGAUCCGCUCAACUUCGACGAUGUUUACGCAGAGGAGUACGGCGGUUAUGGGGCUAAUGGGGGCGGCAAUGGGUUCCGCAACGGUGGCGCCAGAUUCAGCGGUGGUGGAAAUCCGCGCGGAGGCGACCGCUCGGGCGGAAUGGAUCGCUUUGGCGGCGGUGGCGGAGAGCGCGGCGACAGACGCGGGGAUAUGGAUCGCAGUCGCGGCGGCGGCGGCGGUGGCGGAGGCGGCGGACCAAUGGGCCGAGCCUCAAUGGAGAGCCGGGACUUUGUUGACCCGUGGGCGAGACCGCCAAUGGGCAACGGCGGCGGCCCGAUGGGCGGCAGCAGCCCCAACAUGAACAUGUCAAUGGGCGGCAUGAGCUACGGCGGCGGCAUGGGCAACGGCGGCGGUGCCGGCGGCGUGAGCGGAUCGUCUGGCAUGGGAAUGGGUGGCGGCGGCGGUGGAGGCGGCUCGGGAAUGGGCAUGGGCGGCGGCAGCAUGGGUGGCGGCAUGAGCAACAGCUACGGCAUGGGUGGUGGCGGAGUGGGUGGCAAUAUGAGCAGCAUGGGUGGCAAUGGCGGCGGCUCUGGGCCAAUUGAGAUGGAUGGAAAGAAUACGACUCAAGUCACAAUACCCAAAGACUUGGCUGGUGCGAUUAUUGGAAAGGGUGGCGGACGCAUUCGUCGCAUCCGGACUGAGUCGAAUGCUUUCAUCACGAUCGAUGAGCCACUUCCCGGCUCAAAUGAUCGCAUCAUCACCAUCACCGGGACACCAAAGCAAAUACAGACGGCACAGUAUUUGCUACAGCAGAGUGUUCAUGAGAAUCGGAGGAAAUUCUAAAGGGAGAGCCGACGAAACAUCACAAAUACACAUGAGAGAAGGGAUAAAAUGAUGCAGAGCAGGUGUGAAGAAGAAGAAGUGUUGGGAGAGGAGGAAUUUCCAAGGAGCAGAAGCGUUAUUUUUUCUAUAUAUUGAAACUAAUUGCCAGUUUAUCGUGUUUAUUACACUCCCUCACUGAAUUAUGGGCUUAGAGAAGAGGAAGAGAUGAUGAUGGAGAAAAAUACCCCACCACUGGUCUGCUCUAUAUUUAAUAAUUACGAUUAAUUAAGUAUAAUAAUCUUAUUUUAUCAAGAAAAAGAAGAGAGAAAGAGAACAGCAAAGAGAUGGAGAAAUGUUUUAUUAUGUGAAGUUAUAGACAGUGUUGUACGUCUUUCCUCUAUUUUUCUUUCUCUUUGGGCAUCAAAUGUGCGUCAGUUUUUCUAUACGUCUAUUUGUCUUCCCCUUUGCAGGCAUAUUUCUUUCUUCUAUUAUUAAAUGUGGGACUUGCAUUAAAAAUGAGAUUGAAGCUCACAUACGUGUACUUGAUUGUUCUUUUCUCUCUUUAUUUUCGGGGGAUGUGUGGUUUUUUUUUGUUUUAUCAGUGCAGAACAAUAUAAUAUUGUGUAAAGUGAAUUUUGGGGAUAAAAAAGCACAAAAGAGGAGAAAUAAAAAAUAAUUGAAAUUUGAGAGAGAGAGAAAGAGAAAAUCAUAAUAACGGGGAAGAGAAAAUUUUCAUACUCUUAUUACAAUUGUCAUAAGAUUACUUAGAAUGUUAAAUAUAACAUUUAGUGAGUAGAGAGUAUAAUUAUGUGUAAGGAGAGUGUCGAUGGUGAAAUUGAAUAUGUAAACGCCUAUUUUUUUUCUUUUACUUUAUUAAGAGAAAAUCUUGGACAUCAUUUUUUAUCCACACGUAAGGGAAAACGAUCGUAUUAGAUGGAAAUGUGUUGAAAUUUGCAGAAAAGUCGAGAAUGGGUGAAAAAAAAUGGCGAUACCAGAGUACAAAAGCAUCAAAGGGUUCUAAGGAGAGUCAUUAAUAAGAGAAUCAUGGAAAGAGGAAAAAAGAAAAAAAAACGACAAGAAAUCAACCAAAUAUUUAACACAUUAACUCUAAAAAUAGAUCAAUUAACACACUUUUGUUAGCUGGGAAAGUCACAGUAAAUUCUUUUGGGAGGUUCCCUCGACCAAAGAAAGCCUCCAAAUUUACCUUCUAGAUAAGGGAUAAGAUGUAAGAAUGAAUUUGCAUUGCAUAUAUAUAUAUAUGAGUAAGUUUCUUUUUUUCAUUGAUAUUGUUUGUGGG